AUGCGGUUGCGUGUGAAAAAUCAGAUAAACGAUGGAUCCCAAGCAUCGACGGCCUCCACGAAUCAAAUCACUUCCAGGAGAGUUGAAAGUGCGAUUACGAUGGCGAGAUUUUCAAUCGGCGAAGACGACGACGAUACUUCACUUGCCAAUAAACGGCCAAGAUUCGCCGAACCCGCAUCUCAAUCGCAACCCCGGUCUCAGAGAUCUGUCCCAUCGCCACCGCCACCGCCGUUUGUGGAGGAGGAAGACGAAGAAUUUGGGGAGUUUAUUGUAAUGGAAGAGGUAGAAUCGGAUUCGCAAGGAUCUGAAGAAGAGGAAGACGAUGAGGACGACGAGGUGGAAGCGGAGGCCGUGGAAGAGGAGGAUGACGAUGAAGAAGACGAAGACGUUGGAAGCGAUGAAGAUGAUAUUCAAGUUACAGAGGUGCAGCCACUAUCAGAGGGGCAGAAUGGGCCGUUGCCGGUGCGUUCGUCACACAUAGGGUUAUCAAAUACCACCGCUCCGAUGAAAAGCUCUAGUACUCCCCCGCCGGUGUUCAACAACGCAAAUGGAGCGUUACAGGUGGUGCUUACUGAUCCAGAUGUAUUGGAUUGCCCGAUUUGCCUUGAUCCAUUGUCUUCCCCUGUCUUCCAGUGUGAGAAUGGCCAUAUAGCAUGCUCUACAUGCUGCCACAAAGUGAAAAGAAAGUGCCCUUCUUGCUGCAUGCCAAUUGGCUACAAUCGUUGUAGAGCUAUAGAAAAAGUCUUAGAAUCCGUUAAAAUAUCAUGCAAAAACACUCCAUAUGGAUGCAAAGAAUCAAUCCCAUAUAGCAAAAGGAAUGAUCAUGAACAAACAUGCCCUCACACCAAAUGUUAUUGCCCUAUUUCAUCCUGUCCAUUUAUUGGUUCUUCCAAGAACCUCAACCUCCAUUUUGGCAUCCAACAUGCAGCCUCCACUACCCGUUUCACCUACAACACCACCUUCAUUGUUAAUGUAGAAACUAACAAAAAACACAUCUUUCUUCAAGAACAACAUGAAAGUGUCAUCUUUAUACUCAAUCAUGAAGCUAAACAACAUGGGCGUGUUUUGAAUGUUGAUUGUGUGGGCCCAAGUUUGUUAAAGACUAGUUUUUUAUAUCAAUUGACUGUGAAAAACAUGGAGACAUCUUUGUCAUUGAAAUCUGUUCCAGAGAUAUAUGCAGAGUGGUGUGAACAUGGACCUGUAAAGAAUUACUUAAUUGCCCCUACAGAGUUUGUGGGUUAUAAUGGGGUUCUGUCUUUACAUGUUUGCAUAAAGAAAGCUGUGGUGGCUAUAUGAAUAAUGUCUUUCAAAAUGGUAAUUGUUUUUGUUUUUUUUAAUGGAAAUUAUUGUUUCUUUUAAUGUAACUGUAAUCGUGAAUUUAUCUUUUUAACAGUUUAGUUCUUGGUG